AUGGCGGCUCCUGAAGUUCACCAUCUCUUCCACCAUCCUAUUGCGGACCAUUCCUUCUCUGCUGACAAGCAGACGUUGGCUGUGGCACGAGAUACCAGCGUUGAGCUCUAUGGCCGAACGGGUAGCGGAUUCAAGCUUAAGGAUGAGCUCAAAGGUCAUGAUAAGACGGUCACCAGUGUAGACAUUGCUCUACAGAGUGGCAGAAUCGUGACCUGCUCUCAAGACCGAAAUGCCCUGGUCUGGGAGCCUUCACCUACAGGCUACAAGCCUACCCUCGUCCUGCUACGAAUCAAUCGAGCUGCUACAUUUGUAAGAUGGUCGCCCUCCGAGAUGAAGUUUGCUGUGGGAUCCGGCGCGAGAGUCAUUGCCAUCUGCUAUUUCGAGGAAGAGAACGAUUGGUGGGUCUCGAAGCAUAUCAAGAAACCUAUUCGAAGCACGGUUACGACAGUCGCAUGGCAUCCAAACUCUGUGCUGCUUGCUGCUGGCUCGACCGAUGCACAUGCCCGCGUGUUCUCUAGUUUCAUCAAAGGUGUUGAUUCUAGGCCGGAACCUGGUGUGUGGGGAGAACGAUUACCGUUCAAUACCGUCUGCGGAGAAUAUCUGAAUAACUCAGCUGGGUGGGUUCAUGCUGUGUCAUUCUCACCUAGUGGAGAUGCUCUUGCAUUUGCUUCACAUGAUAGCAGUAUUACGGUUGUCUAUCCCAAUGGUGCCGAGCAACCUCCAAGAGCAGUUCUGAGCAUUAACACUCAACUGCUCCCUUUCAUGAGUCUGAUCUGGAAUGGAGAGAGUGAAAUUAUUGCUGCUGGUUAUGAUUGCGAAGCUUUCCGCUUCCAGGGAAAUGAAGGUGGUUGGCAGCUUACAGGAUCCUUGGAGUCUAAAGGACGACCAGGAAUGGGUGAUGCAAGAGAGGAGUCUGCUUUUAACAUGUUCAAGCAGAUGGACCUGAAAGGCAAGACUAAGGAUGAUACGCAGUUGAAGACUGUGCAUCAAAACACCAUCAGCACCAUCCGUGUGUACGAGGGUGCCGGUGGUACUGUUCGGAAGUUUAGCACAACUGGAGUUGAUGGAAGAAUCGUCAUCUGGAACGCAUAG